UAUGGCGGUACUUCCGGUCCCGCUGCCCUCAGCGAAGAUGGCGGCAGUGGAGAAGCGGCGGGCCGCGAUGGCCCCGGCGGCCAAUUUCACCGACAGCGGCCGACCGUUGGUGUCCCGGGCGGCGGCGGCGGCCGAGAGCGAGGAGGACUUCUUGCGGCAGGUCGGCGUGACGGAGAUGCUGCGCGCAGCCCUGCUGAAGGUGCUGGAGGCACGGCCUGAGGAGCCGAUAGCCUUCCUGGCGCACUACUUCGAGAACAUGGGCCUGCGUUCGCCCGCGAACGGCGGUGCCGGGGAGCCCCCGGGCCAGCUCCUGCUGCAGCAGCAGCGCCUGGGCCGCGCGCUCUGGCACCUGCGCCUGGCCCACCACUCCCAGAGGUGCGCGUCGGGCCGGCCGCCGGUUUCGGGGGGUGGGGUGGACUUCAACUCCCGGCGUGCCCUGCGCGGCUGCCCUCCAGCAGCGGCUGCGCGGCGCCUGCUGGGAGUUGUAGUCCGUGGCGCCCUGGUGGGGCCGCGGGAGCUCUGGGUCCCUGCUGCGUCGGGCGAGGGCGGUUCCCGCCCGCUCGGCCUUUUGUGAUGCCUUUGGCCGGUGCUAGGUCCCCCCCUCCGCCUCCACCCCACCCUCGGCAUCCCAUGAUUUUGAAAAUCGUGGAGCGCGGGAGGAGCGAGACCUAUGAGCCGGGGCGCGCGUUGGGCCUAGACGAGGAUGUUCACGGGGCUGUGAGCGGGACGGUGCCAGCUGCCUGUGUCCCUGGCAGGGACAGCUCUGAGCGCGGAAGGUGGCUGAGGAGCAGGUGGGGGACGGCCUUCAACAACAACGUCGGCGUGGCCUACGAGUGCCUGAGCGCCAGCGGGCGCAAGAAGAAGCCGGGGCUGGACGGGCGCACGUACGGCGAGCUGCUCAAGCGCAUCUGCAGGGACGGCGAGGCCCCGGAGGAGGUCGUGGCGCCCCUGCUGCGCAAGAUCCAGUGCCGAGACCACGAGGCCGUGCCGCUGGACGUGUUCCGCGCGGGCAUGCUCACCUGCUUCGUGCUGCUGGAGUUCGUGGCGCGGGCCGGCGCCCUCUUCCAGCUGCUGGAGGGCCCGGCUGUGGCGGUGGCCGACCGCCGCGUGGGCCAGGCUGUGCUGGACACCCUGGAGGGCGCCCUGCAGGCCAGCGACAACAGCGCGGCCCCCGCCUGCUACCUGGAGGCCGGCUCUCGCCUGGGCCCGGACAGCCUGGCGCUGGCCAUGGACCGCGCCAUGUCGGGGCGGCGGCCCAGCACCCCCAUGACCCGGGAGGAGUUCCUGGAGAAGGCGGCUGCCCUCUUCAUCGCCAAGGUGAAGCCGGUGGGCUGAGCCCUGCCGGGCCCCGCCCGGCCCCUCCUGGGCAGAACACGGAUUCGGGGCCAGGGCUGGGCGUCCCUGCACCCGGGUCAGGACCUGGGGUUGAGGCAGGGCCCCUGCCCAGCAGUAAUAAAAUCCCCUGCGGAGGCCAACCCGGCAACCCUGCGUGUGUGCACGCGCCCCACCUCCCAGCCCCGUCCUUGAUGGCAGAGGACUCCCCGCUGCAGCUGGAGGAGGCGCCAGGUGCCCCGGCAAGGCCUGAGCGGCACCACCAGCUCCUCUGCGAUACAGGACCCCAGCCCUGCCCUUCCCAAGGGUCCUUCCUGGGCCUCAGUUUCCCCAGCUGUCAAACAAGUCAGCUUGGCAGAUGACAGCAACAUUGAUGACAGUAACAGCUCAGACGCCUUCAGGCAACCACAGCAUCUUGCGCGACUGGCACCCCUGCCCAUGGGGAAGGUGAAUUGCUGCCGCACUUGGCAGGCGGCUGGAGGGUCACACCUCAGCAGUGGCCGGGCAGGGAUCUGAGCCGGGGCUCCAGAACGCACACCCACACUGCCUGCCACCGGGCCCACUGGGAACCCCAUGACCCACGUUAGCCCCCUGAGCCUGCACCAGGCACCCCGGGCGCACCCCCACCCAGCGGGACCACUGGGACGGGGAAUUCUGUAAGAAGCAGGAAGGGCCAGUCCGGAAUGGGAUUCCCAGCUCGGAACGGUUCCUGGCAGAUGACGUCACUCUUAGCCUCAGUCUGCCCCUCUGUUGCGUGGGCUCGUGACGGCCCCUACUCUGACCGAGGGAGACCCCAGGGAACACAGCCUUUACGGUUUCCACAAGCUGCACAACGGCAGGGACCCCCCACAUCCUUGUUCCCAGCACCGAGAAAAAGGGAGGCACAGGGUAGGCGGUCGAUGAACCAGUGCGCGACUGGACCCUGGCGGGUCCCGUUUCCCAGAACCAGCCAUGAUGCCAUUUCCAAUCCUGCUCUUCCACGGUCCAGAGGUAGAACCUUUGUUCCGUCCUCUUGGCCGCCAGUGGCUUCGCCUGGCUUUGCCUCGCGACGCGUGUGCCGAGGCAGCCCCUGCACGGGCACGUGUGCCAACGGCAGCUGCCGCUUUGCAGAUGAGUGAGCUAAAUAAACGUUAUCGCACCCUGCUAA